GAAUAGUGAUAUUUUUAUUCUAGUCGUAAGUAACAUAAACGAAACACGUAAAUUUAUGUUGAGCGGAGCUGCGUUGGUUCCUCCCCUCGGUGUUUCAAUUUCUUCUUACAUGGGCAACGGCUCUUUUAUGGCAAAUUCUGGGAUCUCAAAUAAAUUAUCUGUUAAUUGUCGUCAAGUACUGUUCUUCUAAGAAAUCUCAACAGAACGAUGCUGUUUUCCUCCCUUCCUUACAGGAAUUUGAUACUACAGGCUUUGCUAUGUCUCACAAUCUCUUUCAUCCUCACCUACCUCCAGAUCCCCAUUAGAGUCCUCCAAGGCCUCUUCACUUACAUUCACCCGGACAAUGUCGGCCAUGGCAACAAUCAAUCCGGCGUCAGAGCUGCGAUUCGAAGGCCUCAAAGCUCCGAUUCAUCGCGUUCGCUUGAUGGGUAUCAGCAUCUUUCCUCCAAAGGAAACUCGGAGCUGAAAAAUAGGAGCAGAUCCAAGCAAAAGUUCGAAUUCGAUGAAGACAAAGCCCAGAUCUUCAGGUUAAAGCUCGAUGAGGCCCAUCUCCAAACCCGGGUCUAUUUCGACGAGUAUCGUUAUGCUUUCAUUUAUUCAAUUGCGGCCAUUUCUUGUCUUUUGCUUCAUCAUUUCUUAGAUGUAUCGGAGGAUUCUGGAAUUUUGGAGAAUGGAGUUUUGGUUCCGGUUUUGUUAGGGUUUUUGGGCAUUUUUAAGGUGUUUGUGUCGCUUGCGAAGGUGUCUUUCGAAAGAUCCGCAUCGAAGAGGUCCGAGAAGCGAUUGAGUGUUGUUGUUGGGGUUUUAGGGUUUUUGUUAGGGCUUAUGAUUUGUAUGGGCAUUUUUGCUUCGGUUUUUGAUUUUGAAUUUGGAUCAAUUGACGGCGUUGGGAGGUUGUUUCUUGCUGUUUUCACUGGUUGCGUUGCUGGGUUUUUGUACAUGCCCGCAGGAAAGUUUGUGCGGUCAUUUUGGCUUGGAACGGAUCAGCUCCGUUGGAAUUUGUCGAUUUUUUCUUGUGGGUGGAUUGCCCGGAUGCUUCUUUACGCUAAUUAUUUGUUAUCUACAUUCACUUCAUUGCUUUGGAUUAACCCAUUGGCAGAAAUUCUGGUUAACAAGAACAUUCAUCAGAAUAAAGGGAAUGGAGAGAACCUGGUUGGGCAUGUGGGUAUGCCUCAGUCUGAUUUUGUUCAGUUUCGGGUUUGGUGCUUGUUGGUCUCUGGUCUCUUGCAGAUUAUGGUCAUACGCCCAAACCUGCAAAUGUAUUUGAACGAAGCAGUAUUGUCUUGGUACCAAAGGUUGCAUGCUAGCAAGGUUCCGGACUUGGACUAUAGUAGGGCAAAAGUUUUCUUGCACAAUCACUACUUGUGUCUUGCAGUUCUACAGUUUUUUGGACCACCAGUUUUGAUGCUUCUCUUUCUUGCCUUGUCUCAAAUCGACGGUAAAAUGAUUGGAAAUAUCAAAUUUCUGUGUGGCUUGCUUCCUUGCUCUGUUUUUACUAAAGAAGUGGCUUUAUUCCUGGCUUGGUGGGUUGUUUUUGCAAUGUCCAUAUUUACUUCAGUAAGCCUUGCUCUGUAUCGACGUGGCAUUUGGUAUGUUUCAUGAAGACUUUGCUGUUUUUGUGUUGUCCAUUGAUAUCCACCCAAUUUUGGAGGAGUUCUGUGCUUCUAAUGCUCCCCUUACACUUUGUUUGAUUAGUUACUUGGAAUUUUUGUGUGAGACCUACUAUUUUUAGAGAUCUUAUUCUUGAAUUUUUAUGUCAAUUUUGGUAGCUGUAUUUAGUUCUUGUUGUAACUAACUUAAGGUUUAGAAGGAUGACAGGGGGGUUCUUUUGCUGUCUAAGUUUUCAUCUAUGAGAAAGUGAAGGAUAAGACUACAUUUCUGAUUCUUAAGCUUGUUUUUGUUCAUAGUCAUGAAUAAGUAAACAGAGUUUGGAAGAUGAA